CGCGAGAGUCGAGCCCAUCAGCAAUCUCAAAAUGACAACCGACCCGCCUAUUGAUAUCACCACUUUACUGUCGAGACUCCAUCCCUCUACAAGCUCGAAUCGACACACGUUAUUGCUGAGUACUCCGACCGGAGCAGUCAUCCAUACAACAAUCGAGAAUCAAGCCCUCGCACGGAGAUAUGCCGCGCUGAUACGCCAACUGAUCGGAGAAGCUGGCCGGGUCGCGAGGGGGAUGGUCGAAGCGGAGCGGGAAGGGCUGGAGGAUGAGCAAGAGGUGACAGAGGAGGGACGGUGUGGAUUGUUGAGACUGAGGGUGGGGAGGAGAGAGCUUAUUUGUGUGCCAGAUGAAGAGUACCUGUUGGUUGUGAUACAUGAUGUUGGAGGUGCCCAAGAUGCAGCUUGAAAAAUCUGAU